AUGACUGCUACUGCCGAGCACCUUGCUAUUGCGGAGCUGGUAGUUUACAUACCGAUUUUACUCCUUGCGAUAUUUGUGGUCUUCCGCCAUGGCUUUUACAAACAACUGGGAUGGAUUUAUCUCUGCAUAUUCGGCGCAAUUCGUGUUGUGGGCUCCAUCAUGGAGAUCUUAAGUGUCAAGAACCCCGACAACUCGAGUGAUAAAGAGUGGGCGACGAUUCUUCAAUCUGUUGGCCUUUCCCCCCUACUGUUAUCCACUUUGGGUCUUCUGAAGAGAGUGUUUGAUGAGACAUCUGACCGGGUUCCAUCUGACCCCCUAUCAACGAAGAAUAUACUCCUACAGAUCGUGAGUUUAUUCUCCGGUGUUUUCGGGAUCUUUGGCAAACUCUUCUCCAUUUACAACAAAAAGGCAACCGCCGUUUCCUAUCGCAGCAAAGUCGUCCAGCUCCUCCAUAUCCCAGCCUUCAUUGCCCUCAUCUUGGCAAUUAGUGGUGGCUCCGAUGAAGCAUCAGCCGACGAGUCCGAUCGCGCCAGCGGCAAAAGUGAAGUCCGCGCCGCUAUCAUAAUGUUCCUCCUCAUCUAUAUCGCCACCUGCAUCUUGUGGGUAAUCACUGUGCGCGAUUUGGGCAAGAUGCAAAGUAGCCAGAAGCGCAUUUUUCUCUGUGUCUUUCUUGCGCUACCCCUCAUCGCCGUCCGUUUGCUGUACAGCCUGAUCAGCGAUUUUGGGAACAAUCCGAAAUUCUCACUCAUUGAUGGGAAUAUUACUAUUCAGAUCGUCAUGGCAACUCUCGAGGAGUUUGCAGUCGUCUUCCUGUAUACGGUGCUCGGUCUGAUUACCCCUCGAUCGACCAUUCAUCCGGCCGUUGGGGGUGGCGUUGUCCCCCCCUGUGCUGUAUCCCCUGGUCAAUGA